AUGCAGCCUGAUCACCCUCCUUUCGGGCCCGUCGUCAAUGGUUCUAUGAUCGUCGUGUUUUGGGAGUACCGUCCUAGUGAGCCCCCGGCUCUUGCCUUCAUGGCACUUUUUAGUAUGGCCGCACUUGGGCACUUGGUGUAUAUUUUCAUGUUCCGCGCCUGGUUCUUCGUCCCGUUUUUCCUCGGAUGUAUUGCCGAAGUUUUUGGCUACUACGGCCGCUAUCUUUCCCACGCCCAGCCUAACGUCGCCGGCCCCUGGAUCCUUCAGAACCUCCUCCUCCUCUCGGCCCCGCCAUUCCUCGCCGCCUCGCUCUAUAUGUCGCUCGGCCGCAUCAUCGUCGCCCUCAACGCCGCCGAGUACAUCUUCAUAAGCCCGCGCUGGCUCACAAAGCUCUACGUCCUCAUCGACAUUGGCUGCAUCGCCUCCCAGCUGAUUGGGUCAACUGUCACUGCGUCCGGGGAUCCGUCCUCCUUUGCGCUAUCCAGGGCCCUCCUCUUGGGUGGCUUAAUCACCCAGUUGGUGGCAUUGCUUAUCUUUAUGCUGUUCGCCUGGCGUGUUUAUCACGGGCUGAAGUGCGAUCUCGGCAACGGCUCUGGUAUAAGCCCCUUUUCCCAGGACCCAGCGGUCCACUGGGAAAAACACCUUCUGGCAGUGAUGGCGGUGACGUUCCUCAUCUUGAUUCGAAGCGUUGUUCGUGCUAUUGAAUUUCUGCAGGGUACGGAUGGUUACGUAGCCUCUCGUGAAAUAUUCAUCUACCUCUUCGACGCGGCGUUUAUAUUGAUGGUCGUGUUGAUAUUUCUGAUCAUCUACCCUGGAAGACUGGUACGGGAUUCAAGGCGUUUGGAACACAGAGACGGGUGGGUGAAAUUUUGA